AUGCCUUCGUUCCAGUUGCACGGCAAACCGAUUAAGUGGGAUCGAAUCAGGCGAUUUAGCAGACCCCAGGGGCGAAAGCGAGCACGGGGAACGACCGGCGUCCCACCGAUAGGCGAGAAGAUUCACCUGGAUCUACACCGGAGCAGCUUUCGGCCGACCAUAAAUAUUGACGAGCGGAUUCUUUUCUUAACCAAAUCUUAUCUAGAUUGGAAUAUUUCGUUUUGGAGUCCGCUAGGCUUCGCCAAUCGGCAGCAACGACAGGACCUCUCAAAUCCCGACGGUCGAAGUGGGGAUAGUGUUUCACGAAUAUUCAAUAAAUGCUUCUAUGACGCUAUCCCGCUGCUUUUGACCAACAAUACAGUGCAAGCGUUCAAAGAAAUCAACCUGGCCUGCAGCCUUGCAUCGCAUUGUCUUCAGAAAUCACCAUAUGAGAUAUUCCUGCGACUUCUUCGACUGUAUUCAUACCCUCUCUGGGGUCGAUUCCCAGAUGUACGGUGCCAAAUCGUGAAUUUCCUUCAAGCUCUGGCUUUCCGCACUCUUGCAGAAGGACACGCCUUGAAGCCUUUACUCAAAGUAUGGACGCAGGGGGAGAUAGAAGCUAACGCCGGCCGGGUCGCUUCCAUUCUUCGUCUGUCCUCGGACAAAUUUGGUCCUGCCAGUGGACUUGACGCCGAAGAAUGGGCUUGGAUCCAGGAUGAAAUCUGCUCUCUGAAUUAUCAAAGAAGAGAAUUCUCUGACGCGCUCCGCAUCGCCCAGAGACUUGCCGAUGAUCCCCGCGUGCCUCGCGGCGUCCAUAUUACGUCCUUGCAAAUGAUUGCACGGCACCAUCUAUUGCACGGCCAGAUCGAGGCAGCCGAGCCUGUCCUUCUCGAGACUCUGAAGAUCUGCGCCGGCUAUGACCGUGAGGACGACAGGGCUCGAUUCCUCCAGCAGACGUAUUCCGACAUGGGAUACAUAUACGACGUCAGAGAAGACCGCGCUCAGAGCUCCCAUUAUUACCAGCAAGCACUGGAGAAAGCGAUCCAAGUGCAGAAUGCGGCAAAUAUUGCAUCAAUACGGUGUCGCAUGGACGCUAUCGCGAGGCUGCAUGAAGACCGCCAAGGAAGCCCAACGGAGACGCGACAGGGCAAUGCGAGUAGUUGGGCGCUUUGGGCCUUUUGUCGGCCAUACUCUUGA